AUGAAGCGCGACGGUGCCGGACGCGGCAACUGGGGGCGAGCCGACGAGGUGCCGCAAACGGGCGAUCAGGAGGAGACGGGCGAGGAAGGCGAGGUCAAGCAGGCCAACGGAACGGCGGAGGGAGAGGCGGCUGCUGCUGAGGGCGAUGCUGCUGCGGGAGAGGCUGCCGCUGAGGCCGCCCCUGCUGAGGAGGAGGACAAGGAGAUGACCCUGGAGGAGUACGAGAAGGUGCGCGAGGAGAAGCGCAAGGCGCUGGCGGCGAGCCGCACGGCGGAGGCGCGCAAGGUGGAGGUUGACCCGGAGAUGGCGGCCAUGGCGGUGCACAAGAAGAAGGACGUCGAUGAGGACGCUGUCUUCGUCAAACUCGCCGCUGACAAGGCUGUGAAGAAGCGGGAGAAGACAGACGACGAAGACAGGCCCAAGACUGUCAACAUUAACGAUUUCCUCAAGCCAACAGACGGCAGCACCUUCAACCCCCGGCGCUCAGGCGGCCGUGGUGGAGGCAGGGGGCGUGGUGGGGGCCGUGGGGGACGCGGAGGGCAGCAGCAGCAGCAGCAGCAGCAGCAGCAGCAGCAAGCAGUCGAGAUAGCGGAUCAGACUCAGUUUCCCUCGCUGGGGGCUGCUUGA